CGCCCUAACCCUAGUUCGCGAUUUCCUCUGGCUCCUCCCGUGUGCGGCGCCGCCGCUGCACAUCGAGCAGAUCAGCAGACACAUCUCACUCGAGCGCUGCUUCUCCCACGUCCUCCGCAUCUCGCCGGCACUCACUAGCCUCCUGCCGCCAUCCACGUCUCCUCGCAUCCACCCCAUCCACUCCCUGUCCAUUGCUUCUUCAAGACGGCGGCAUGGUGCUCGGCGGCUGCGGCAACGGAGGUGAUGGUGCGCGAGCCAACCAGUUCAACGGAGGCAGGAGCACGGGGCAGCGGCAGCAGCAUGGAGGGUGUCCUCUUGGUUGGGAAGCUAGCUAGCUAUUACAAGCAGCUUGAUCGAUUGUUGUACGAGUAUAGCUUCCUGCUUGUUGCUGCAUCGGACUGCUUGCUGCGACGAGUCGGCAACCAACAAUUAAUGAGCCUGACUGCCAAAGGAUGGAGGAAGCAAGAUGUGCUCUAUUACCAUGUAAUGGAAAUGCAAAUAGGAGUGGUAGUGGCAACCAUGAUGCAAAUCCAAAUGAUUCCGAAAAAUCUUGGAAAGGAAUUAAAGAUAAUAACUUGUAUGAUCCUUGGAACCAUGCAUGGCCGUAUUAUGGGGGUUUUGAUUGUGUGUACUGCAGCCUAAAGCACAAAGGUGGAGGUGCAACCCGUGUUGCGGAGCACCUUGGUGGUAUUGUAGGUAAUGUGAGGAGCUGCCCCAAUGUGCCAAGAAAUGUGAGAGAUGCAAUGAGAGAGUGCCGGGAUGAAUCAAAGAGGAAGAAAAGAGACAAACAAAAUAGCAGGCUGAGAAUUGAAAGAAAUAUUAUGGAAGGGUUGUAUCAAAAAGGAGGGGUGAUUAACAUACUAGAUGAUGAAGAAGAAGAAAUACAGAUGAAUAUUAGAGAGGCCUUGCGUGACCCGAGUGUCUCCCACAGAGUUGAAAGGAGGAUUGGUAGGGGGGGCGUGGGUGAUGUGCGGGUUUCUGUUGGCAAAAGGAGUAUCACUGCCUAUUUUGACAAACAAUUAUCCAGCAACAAAGUAUCUAUGCGGCCCAAGAUCACUAGUGCUUUGGAUCCUAAUUCAAGAGAUGCACUUGGCCUAGCUUGGUCCAAGUUUUUUCAUGCCAAUGAUAUUGCUGGACGUAAAGCUGAUUGCCCAUACUUCCGAGCUGCUGUGAAGAUCACUCAACAAUUAGGGCCUGCUCCUAUACCAACCGCGAAGGAGAUUGAUGGGAAAUAUUUGGAGGCUAACUAUGAUGAAGCUACUUCCUUUCUUCAAAAAUUUAAACAAGAUUGGAAAAACUUCGGUGUGACUCUUAUGUGUGACUCUUGGACUGGUCCAACAGGAAUGAGCCUCAUAAACUUCAUGGUAUAUUGUAAUACACGAAUGUUCUUCCUCAAUACCAUGAUGAGGAGAAUGAGUAUGUCGAAACUGAGAGUGAGGAUGACGACGAAGAUAAUGAGUAUGUUGAUAAUGAGAGUGAGGAUGAUGAUGGGGUGAGUGAGGAUGAUGAGGAUGAUCAACAAGAUCAGCAAGAGACACAAAUGCAAGUGGAAGAAGAGACACAAGUACAAGCUGAAAAGGAGACAGCAGCAAGUGUUGGCAAUUUGGAGACUCGUAGAUCUGGACGACUAGUUAGGAAGAAGACCAAGGAAGUGAACAGCCUCUACUCGUAGAUUUGUUUCUCUAAACCAAAAAUGCCACAUGAAGAACUAAGGAUAUCAAGAAGCUUUUGGAUGUAUGCAAGCUUGGAGCUGCUGUUUUAUAGCUGUAAUGGCAUGUGAAGAAUAUCCAGGGAUAUCAAGAAGCUUUUGGAUGUAGGCAAGCUUGGAGCUACUGUAUCAGUGUCAUGCUUUGAUGGUUGUCUUUUGGAGCUGUUAUUUCUAUGUGUAAUCCUUUAAGUCUGUUGGCUGUACCGGACUAUUUAAACUAUGAACUAUGCUGUGAUGGUUGAAAUGAUGUUGGACUGUUAAUGGUUAUGUUGUUGGAAACUUUAUAACUAA